CAUGGCGGCGCACAGCGCCAGGUCCGCUGGAAGCACAGGAAAUGUAAACUGAAGGAUGUACUGGCAGGAAAUGCAGCUUGUGUUGUGGUGGAGGGGUGACUGCAGCUGAAGUAGGGGGAAAAAUGGCGACCGAAGGAGAGUACGAGUCGGUCCUCUGUGUAAAACAAGAUGUCAACGUGUAUAAGAUUCCUCCCAGGGCAUCCAAUCGAGGCUACAGGGCGUCGGACUGGAAGCUGGAGCAGCCUGAUUGGACGGGGCGGCUGCGAAUCACAGCGCGAGGAAAAGUGGCUUAUAUUAAACUGGAGGAUAAAGCCUCAGGAGAGCUGUUUGCUCAGGCCCCAGUCAUUGAGUUCCCCGGCAUCACAGUGGAGACUGUCAGCGACUCCAGUCGAUACUUUGUAAUCCGCAUCCAAGAUGGAAACGGACGCAGUGCUUUUAUUGGGAUCGGGUUCAACGACCGCGGGGAUGCUUUUGAUUUCAACGUAGCGCUACAGGAUCACUUCAAGUGGGUGAAACAGGAGAAUGAGAUCUCAAAGGAAUCUCAGAACAAGGAUACAGGACCAAAGCUUGACCUGGGUUUCAAGGAGGGACAAACCAUCACCCUCAAUAUCGGGCAAACAAAGAGGAGAGAUGGUAAGCCCCGCCCCCAGGGGGCAGUAGGGUUUGGGCUGCUCCCGCCUCCCCCUGGUGGAAAGAUAGCCCCGCCGUCUUCCACUGAAUCACCCAAUCACGUUCCAGAGCCAGUUGCACUAAAGAAUGCUCCCCAAGUGGCAGCAGAAGACACAGUUCCGUUCCCGCUCAGAACCAGCAGUCAACAAACUGGGUCCAGUUCUAAGAGGGAACACCACUCCCAGUCUGAGCCACCAGUGAUCAAACUGGGAACUAACCAGUUUCCCCACGUGACACCUUCCAUAACUUCAGCACCCCCCCCCCAUCUAAUUACCCUUACCUAACCCGUUUAACAGUCAGUUUUCACAAUAGUAUAGGUGUACUAAUUUGAUGAAAAAUCUUAAUGACUUUUGUAUUAUGUAAACUGUGUUUUAGCAAGAUUGAUCUAACUAGUGUGUGGCAUUAGCUUCUUUCCAGAGGAACCAAUUGAUAAAUAACAAGCCGCUUCCAAUGCCAUUAUGUAUUUGUUCCAACUUCCCCUUGUCUUUUUAUUAUAUUUGCAAUCAUUAAGAGUGGUUCUGGGUUCUGCUGCCCCAGUAUUUUGAGUUAUUUAUAUUUUUCUCUAGGUCUGCCUUUACCUGGCUUUUGAAAUUGCCUUGAGCUUGUUUGGAGAAUCAUAACUGCCUAGCACUAAACUGCCUUCCUCAUUCCAAUCAACCAAUGUAAAAGUGUGAGAUUUCAACUUCAGUGAUCCAACGUGGGUGGGACCAGCUAAGCUGAAAAGUCAUUUUAUCACAUGAUUUGAAUAGACGAGGAAGAAAUGGUCAUAACUCAAAAUGUGAUCCCCAGAACCACUCAACAUAAUUGCAAACAUUGUAAAAAGGUUAGGGGAAAAUAAAUAAUGAGAUUUUGAAAUGCUUUAUACCUUUCAGUCCUGAAUUAUUUUUGUUGAGCUGAAGAAUAUGAAAUUAAGUUAUUUAAUUAAAAAAGCAACUCCUUUAUUGAGUAUACAUGAGAAUAGGACACAAGUGUUUUGUACAUAUAUUUUAGUGAGUGGGAUUUUAAAGUCCCUUUUGUACUUGAACUCUAAACAACCCUAAGACAGGACGGGACCUUCAGGUCCUGCCAGGACUGAAAGGGUUAAUGUUGCUAUAUUGAUCCCAGCCAGAAACAAGAGAGACAAAUCACACAGUUUAUAUUCUAGUACAAAACACAUUGACAAAGACUCAUCAAAAACAUUUAACAUUAUGUUGAUAUUUAGUAUUACGUGUAGUGUGUUUUGAAGUCACUGAAGUCAUUCUAGGUAACAGAACGUUGGCUUGUGGCCUCCUAAAACAAAUCCACUUCAGACAUUCUACAUGCCAACAACUUAAAGGGUAAAUCACGCGGUUUCUGAAUUCACGCCAAUAGUUGACUUCACUUAAUCGUUUGAUACUUGUUCUGCAACAUUGUGCUUAACACUUGGCUAUGCACCAGUAGUCAUUUCAUUGUCAAUAGCAUUGUCCCUGAAACCUGGCUAUGCAACGUGGCUUUAAAACAGCAUAUAUCUCUACCACUGAAGUGCAUGCUUAGAAGUUGUUCUCAAGAUUGUACUUUGUCAAGCUAUACAGUUCUUGUGAAGUCUGUUGAUUUUUACCAGAACUUGUCGCACAAACCCCAGUCCUUUAUAUCCACGGAAAUUCCAGUGAAAUUAAAAAAAGACCCACAAAAAAAACACCACAGAAGUACAUUUAUUGAUAACUGUCUUUGUUCCAUGGCAUUCAUUUUCUGAAUACUCUCCAGUCUAAUAAUAUUGUUCCAUGUAUAUCAAUGACUAUUAUUGACCCAGUAAGUUCAUUGUUUAUCUUGCCAGAUUAAUUUCCAGGAAGAGCAAUUUUUUGUGUGAUUGGUUCCAUUCCUUGCAAUGAGCCACUGCUAUUAAAGAAUAAUAAUAAUAAUAAUAAUAAUAAUAAUAAUAAUAAUAAUAAUAAUAAUAAUAAUAAUAAAGUAUAAUAAUGGCAGAAGAUGUGAAAUGCAGAUUUAUAUAAAUAACAGGACUAGUGAUAACAUACUGAGGUACUUACCUUAUAACUUGGUAGAGUUUCUUAACAGCAAAUGUGUUUCAAGACCCGGUUUGCCUAUAGUGAUGUUGUGACUAUGGGAGCAGGACAUACAACCACUUAUAAUAACUUUACAAAAGCUCAGAGUUAGGAUGUUUUGGCUCCCUGUUCUUCAAUGUGUCUGAAAUCAGUUAAAUUUGUUAGCCAGUCUCUCAGCCAUGAGUUGUUUUUUAUGAUCAGACAUGUUGCAGAUAAACUCACCCUUGUGAUGGGAAUACCCCCAUUUAAAAAGUCAAGUUUUUAUGUUUUCCUCCAAAACCCCUUUCCCUACUUUAUCAGCAGCGAAUAAUGGACUUGCAAGCUGUCCUUCAGGUUUUAGCCGUAUCCUGAAUACCUCAAAAAUACUUGGAAAUCAGACUUCAAAUGCAGAGUAAAAAAAAAAAAAAAAAAUACUAUUCCGGCACUCAGUUCUGGGUUUCAGAACUACUCUAGUUUUGAAAUGACCAGUGCCAGGAAUUUGAGCAAUCAGGUAACUGCUAAAUCUGCACAAACUGAUUCUGUAGGCAAGCUCCAUUGUCAGCUGUGCAGGUUUCCUCGUUCUAGUUCUGUACAGACAGGUACAGCAGCCACAGUAUGUCUUCAAUAUGGUGUAAUCCGGUUAUGCAGACAGGAAUGUCAAUUUAUUUAUUUAUUUAUUUAUUUAUUUAUUUAAUUAGAGGUAGGCACAGGUGCCUGAGGAAUCCUGUUGUAAAAUGAUGGGGAAAUCAGAUUUUAACAGUUAAUUGUUCCAGAAUUAUCAUGUUUUGCUAUACUGUAGUGCUGGUUACAGUUAGCUUCCCAUAGCUUCCAAUACAGAAGUGUAUGUAGAAGCAGAUAAAUCUGAGUAGAACUCAGUGGGAAAGGUCUUUUGACUGCUGUUACCUGCUACCAAAUGGGUAUUUUUCAGCAUGGAUGCCAGAUUUUGUACCUGUACCUACCUUUUAUUUAUUUGUGUAUUUAUUUAUUCAUGUAAUCAUUUUCAUGUAUUUUAUUUAAAUUGGUAUAAAAUGCUCUUGAACAUUGUCUUGCUGUUUUAUCAGCACCCGUCCCGUUUGUUGUGGCCCUGUGUAUGACAGCUCAUGUGGGAAUGAAGUGCGGUCAGUCUCAAGGUGCUUGUAGGCUCACAGAAUGGAGAAAGGCCACGAGAUUUAUAUAUCUGAUCCCUUUAUCAUAUGUAUUGGUUGACUAUAUGGUUCCAGGCAGUCCAGUUCAUAUUUUGUUUUUGUCCCAAUGCAUUCGGGUGCCUUUUAUCAGACUCCUUUCUUAAAAGAGAACUACAAGUACCAGAAUGCGUUGCUUGAUUAGUUGUUGUCCCUGUGUACUUGGUGCCAUGUGGUCACACUAAAGUGUGUUCAUCACACUUCGUAAGCAGGAUCACCUCCUGCAGCUAAAAAUAAGAACUUGAACAGUCAGAAUAUCAAGUUACAGAAUAUGAACACACCUUUUAAACAGAGUCUUGCUGUGAAGUAGGUACGUUGACUGGGGAUGUGGGUUAUGUUCAUACAUUAGUACGGCAUCAUGUUGGACCAACAAUCUGCCUCCCUCCCUUCCCUUCAUGUCACUAGUUAGACAUUUCAUUGUGCUGCCUAUUUCUACAUCCUUACUAUUAUUAAUUAAAUAAAGACUUAAGUAAAUAUUAAAUGUAUAUAUAAAUAUAUAUAUUAAAAGUGUGAAGCGCAGUGUGCUUAUGGUCUUAGAUGUGUAAAACUGUGAUGUAUUAUCAAUGCAGACAAGAUGUAAAUAUUGUGGGUCAAGGUGUGUCGAUGGAAAUUAAAGGAAACUUUGAAAACAGUUACAAAUGACA